UCUUCAGACGGGCGCCGAGAGACCGAGUGACUUGGCCAAGAUUUUUUGUUAGUACCGCAUCUUUCCGGUUAGCAAGCGCUUUCAUGCCUGUUCUGCAAACAUCUUCAUUUUAGAGGCGAGAAAAAAGUGCGUCUUUUUGCAGUUUUCUUUGCCCGUCAGCCUCCCCAUGUGAGAUCUUACUUCUGUGAAGGUUGUUGUAAGAUUUACCUCCACUUGUAGACGACGUGGCUUUUAAUAGAUGUCUUGUGCAGUUUGCUGGAUUGAAGUGUUUCUUUGGUCACCUGUUCAGCCUGUCUUAGAUCACUUGAACCAAUCAAUAAGUAUUUUUUGAGCAUCUGCUCUUAGGCUCUGUGAGUGACAAAAAUAAUUCAAGGGUCAGCGCCUGAAACAGUUGUUGAACAAAUACAGAAAGCGUGGGGGUAACAGAUAAUUUCAGAGAUGUCUUCCAGAAGUCCCAAAGAUUUAAUUAAAAGUAAAUGGGGAUCAAAGCCUAGUAACUCCAAAUCGGAAACUGCAUUAGAAAAAUUUAGAGGAGAAAUUGCAGCUUUAAAAACAUCAGUGGAUGAAAUCACAAAUGGAAAAGGAAAGCUGGCUGAUAAAGACAGACACAGACUUUGGGAGAAAAUUCGAGUCCUUGAAGCUGAGAGGGAGAAGAAUGCUUAUCACCUCACAGAGAGGGACAAAGAAAUACAGCGACUCAGAGACCAGCUGAAGACCAAACACAGCACUACUGCAUUGCUUGAACAGCUGGAGGAGAAAACAAAGGAAGGUGAAAGGCGGGAACAGCUGUUGAAAUCCUUGUCUGAAGAGACAGAUGUACUGAAAAACCAGUUGUCUGCUGCAACUGCAAGACUUACAGAACUGGAAAGCAAAGCCAGCUCACUUCAUUUAUCACAGACUGUGGCUACAAGCUGUUUCAACUCAUCAAUGAGUAAUAUUCAUGAAAUGGAAAUACAGCUGAAAGAUGCUCUGGAGAAGAAUCAGCAGUGGCUUGUGUAUGAUCAGCAGCGAGAGGUCUAUGUACAAGGACUUUUAGCAAAGAUCUUCGAGUUGGAACAGAAAUUGGAAGCAGCUGCUCAUUCACUCCCACAGCAGAUAAACAAGACUGAAUCAGAAGGUUGUCUUCAAGAAGAAAUGCAAAAAUAUUAUAACCAGCUCUUGGCAAAUGCAAAAAAAGAUCUUGAGGUUGAACGACAAACCAUAACUCAGUUGAGUUUUGAACUUAGUGAAUUUCGAAGAAAAUAUGAAGAAACCCAAAAAGAAGUCCAAGAUUUAAAUCAAUUGUUAUGCUCACAAAGAAAGGCAGAUGUACAACAUCUGGAAGAUGAUAGGCAUAAAACAGAGAAAAUCCAAAGGCUCAAGGAAGAGAAUGAUAUUGCUAGGGAAAAACUUGAAGAAGAGAAGAAAAGAUCUGAAGAGCUCUUAUCUCAGGUCCGGUUUCUUUACACGUCUCUGUUAAAGCAGCAAGAAGAACAAACAAGGGUAGCUCUGUUGGAACAACAGAUGCAGGCGUGUACUUUAGACUUCGAAAAUGAAAAACUUGACCGUCAGAAUAUGCAGCAUCAGUUGUAUGUCAUUCUUAAGGAGCUCCGAAAAGCAAGAAAUCAAAUAACACAGUUGGAAUCCUUGAAGCAGCUUCGUGAGCUUGCCUUCACAGAGCCAUUAAUCCCUCUCCAAGGAGAGGCUGAAAACAGAGUGAAAGCUGCGUCACCCAAAAGUCCCACUGCUGCACUAAAUGAAAGCCUGGUGGAAUGUCCCAAGUGCAACAUGCAGUAUCCGGCCACCGAACAUCGGGAUCUACUUGUCCAUGUUGAGUACUGUUCAAAGUAGCGGUAUGAGUAUUCUUUGUUUUUGUGCCAAAAGAUUCAACGCUGUAUCUUAUGUUAGCUUAUGGACAUUUUGAAUUACUUAUUUCACCUCUUAUUUAAGACACCUUCUAUCUACCUUUGA